CCUAGGGUGUACGAGUACUAAGAGCUGGACGACACCAGAACGGACGAUCGAGCAGCGUUUGUUUGGUUCUAAGGCUCUUGGCAAACAUCACAUCCAAAUACGGAUACCACACGUGACAGGCGCCGAUUCUCCAGCACUCGCCGGCGCACCUCCAGUUUUCGACGCCCACGUAAACGUUCUCCUCCUCUCUCCAUCACGACCACGACGACCAUGUCCGCCAUCCGUGCCCUCCGCCACGUCUCGCUCUCCUCCAGCCGCGCCUUCGCUGUGCGCGGCGCCGCGCGUUCCGUAUCGCGCGCGGCCCUCCCUGUCUUCGCUGCUCGUGCUGGCCCGGUUUCGUCAAGGGCGUUCUCCGUGUCGGCGCGUAGAUUCGGCGAGGGUGCUUCUGACGUCGCGCUGGCACAGAAGCUCGGGGAGGAGUUGCAGUACGAGAAGGACAGUGCUUCCGAGGCCGAGCCUGAGUUCGUGCGCAAUUUCAAGGCGCAGGGUGUCUGGGAGAUCGUGGACACUCCUGGAAAUGACGAGAUUGCCCUCAGCCGGAAGUUUGGCAACGAGAACAUCCGCCUGAUGUUCUCGGUUGCGGACAUCCAGAGCGAGCAGGAGGCCGACUUCGAGCAGGGCGAGGAGGGUGAGCAGGCGGCGGAAGACACGCCCGUCCCCUCGCAGCCUAUCCGUUGCUCUAUCUCCGUCACGAAGACGGGCACGAACGGCGCGAUCAACGUCGACGCGCUCUGCCAAGAGGGCGCCUUCCUGGUGGACAACAUCUCCUUCUACAGCGACGCCGCUGUCGGAACGGAGUUGACGGCGGAGGCGGACUGGAAGCGCCGCGGCCUGUACAUCGGCCCACAGUUCGACACGCUCGACGUCACCGUGCAGGAGGAGUUCGAGCAGUGGCUCCGGGAGCGCGGCAUCACCGACAACCUGUCGACGUUCAUCCCGGAGUAUGCUGACUACAAGGAGCAGAAGGAGUACGUUGGCUGGCUGCAGCAGGUGAAGACGUUCAUCGAGGCAUAGAUGCGCUGCGUCUGUGUACUGCGCGCAUCCCGGCUGGGUCGUACGCACAAAAGUUGAUGCAGUGUCUGUGCUGCAGCCCCCUUACCUACAUAGGCUCUUUUAUUGCACUUCCACUACUAAUAAUACGCCUUCCCGCUCUUCAUCCCGUC